AUGGCACAGCACACUCUUCUGAGCAUGUGCCAUGUUCUCGUGUUGGCACUGUGCAUUUCUGCAGCGGAGGACUUUGACUGGACCAAGAAUGAAAAAGGAUCCUUUCAUUAUGGCACUUUCCCUACUGCGUUCUCUUGGGGUGCUGGCAGCUCGGCAUAUCAGACUGAGGGAGCCUGGAAUAAAGAUGGCAAAGGGAUGAGCAUUUGGGAUGUGUUUUCACAUAAAAGAGGCAAAAUCCUCCUGAACGACACUGGCGAUUCUUCCUGUGAGGGCUACUACAAACUCAAGGAUGACAUCUUGUUAAUGAAAGACAUGAAGCUGAAUCACUACCGCUUUUCUAUUUCCUGGCCAAGGAUCCUACCGGCUGGAAUUAAGUCUGAGCACAUCAAUGAGAAGGGAAUACAGCACUAUGACAAUCUCAUCAAUAUGCUCCUGGAGAAUCAGAUCACACCCAUUGUAACCCUUUAUCAUUGGGAUUUACCUCAGGUUCUUCAAGAGAAAUAUGGUGGUUGGCAGAACGACAGCAUGGUCAAUUUCUUUAACGAUUACGCCAAUCUGUGCUUUGAGAGAUUUGGUAAUCGGGUAAAACACUGGAUCACCUUUAACAACCCAUGGUCAGUUGCAGUGGAGGGUUAUGAGACUGGUGAACAUGCUCCUGGACUGAAACUGAAAGGCACUGGCGCCUACAAGGCUGCCCACAACAUCAUUAAGGCUCAUGCUAAAGUUUGGCACACUUAUGACAUCCAGUGGCGAAGCAAACAGAAAGGAAUGGUGGGCAUCUCUCUGUCUACUGACUGGGGGGAACCAGUGGACAUCACGAACCAGAGGGACAUUGAAGCAGCUGACAGAUACAUGCAGUUUUACCUGGGCUGGUUUGCUGCACCACUCUUCAGCGGAGAUUAUCCUCAAGUGAUGAAGGAAUACAUAGGCAGGAAGAGUGCACAGCAAGGCCUGGGGAGUUCCCGUCUGCCCACUUUCAGCCCACAAGAGAAAAGCUAUAUUAAGGGCACGUGUGACUUCUUGGGAAUCGGCCACUUCACCACACGCUACAUCACACAGAAGAACUUUCCCUCAAACCGUGGAAGUACCUACUUUACUGAUCGGGAUCUAGCAGAGCUAGUAGACCCGCUCUGGCCUGACCCUGGCUCUGAAUGGCUCUACUCAGUGCCGUGGGGCUUCCGUCGCCUCAUUUCCUUUCUUCAGACACAGUAUGGAAACCCUGUGAUAUAUGUGACAGAAAACGGCGUCUCAGAGAAGAUAGUGUGCACUGAUCUGUGUGAUGAAUGGCGGAUGCAGUACUUCAGGGAUUACAUCAAUGAAAUGCUUAAAGCGGUUAAUGAUGGGGUAAAUGUGAAAGGAUAUACAGCAUGGUCUCUGCUCGACAUGUUUGAAUGGGACGAGGGCUACUCUGAGAGAUUCGGCUUGUACUAUGUGGACUUUGAAAGCAAAAAUAAGCAACGUUACCCAAAAGCCUCUGUUCAAUUCUACAAACGCAUCAUCAGCUCCAAUGGCUUUCCCAAUCAGAGAGAGGUUGAGAGCUGGAAAAGGAAAGCAAAAGAAACCUGCACUUCCAGUAACCAGCUUCUAGCAGCAGAUCCACUCAGCAGCCACAUGGAGCUGGUGACAGAGAUUGUGGUUCCUACCGUGGGUACAGUCUGUAUUCUCCUCACCGCCAUCUUCCUCAUGUUCCUCCUGAAAAGUCGCCUCUGAGGCCUUUAAUUCUGUACAUGCCAGUCCUUCUUGUCCUUCUUAUGCACAAUCGUCACUUCUUCAUCUCUAGGGUCUGGAGUUAUCGAAUACCAUCUGUACAGCUGCUAAAAGACACAGUUGUGUCAUUAUGCAGUAUUGCUCACAGCAAAGCUAUGGCAGGAAUCUGUUUGUCUCUGUCAUAAAAACAUCCCUGGAAAGUGUCCCAUUGCAAAACAGUAUAUUA